AAGUUCUAGCCACUAAGAGGAUAACAGAGAGAGAGGAGGCAACGAUAUACGAGCGAUAACAUACAAAUCGAAGACGACGAACAUCAGAGCUACAAUCAGCCCUAAGGUUACCCAUAAGUAGCUCACAAUUUGAUAAAAUGGAAGAAGAAGAUCGAUACAACGUUCAUCCAACCCCCUUGUUUCGAGCACCACCACCGAGAAUGCAAUCUUUGGAUGACAUAGCAGUAUCACCAUCACCAUCCCAACCAUGUCAAUCAUCUGUGAAUUCUUGUCAAGAAAUUUACACUCCUCAAGUUAAAAAUGAAGUGAUACCGAAAAGUGACCAACAAUUUCUCAAAUUAGACGACGUUUGGGAAUUUUACAACGAAUAUGCUAGACAAGCUGGAUUUAGUGUCCGAAUCAAUUCUAGUAGGUUGGGUGAGAAUGGUAAAGUAAUGAGGAAGGAGUUCGUUUGUUUUAAAGAAGGGGAGAGGAGAAAUUCUAAGGCCACUAAACGGCGUCGGGGUUUAACUAGAGAACGUUGUGGUGCAAAACUUGCUAUCGUGAGAAAAGGUGAAGUGUUUGUUAUAUCAAAAUUUGUCUAGGGUCAUAACCAUGAGCUUACAACGUCAAGAAAGGUGCAUUUGUUAAAAUCUCAUCGCCGAGUAUCAGCCGCACAAAAAGCUUUAACGCUACAAUUAUCUGCUGUUAAUGUGCCAACUUACCAACAAAUGAGUAUUUUUAAGUUGCAAGCGGGGGGUAUUGAAAAUGUUGGGUUUUUACCACGAGAUCUUUACAAUGAUAAAAGAGAUAGGAAGAUUGUAGUACAUGGUCAUGACGCGAACAUGUUGUAUGAGCAUUUCGAGAUGGAACAACAAAAGAAUCCGGGCUUUAGGUUCACAUUCGAGAGAGAUGACAAGGAUAGAAUGACUCAUUGUUUUUGGGCGGAUGUGACCUCUAGAAAGUCAUAUCAAUAUUUUGGGGACGUGGUAGUGUUUGAUACUACGUACAACACAAACAAAUAUUCAUUGAUAUUUGCACCUAUAUUGGGAGUCAACCACCACAGGCAGACAACACUUCUUGAUUGUGCGUUCUUGAGUGACGAAAAAACUGAUUCGUUUAUGUGGCUCUUCAAUGAAUGGUUAAAAGCGAUGCCAGGUGGACCACCCCAAAUGAUCAUAACUGAUCAAGAUCCGGCGAUGACAAGAGCAAUUGCUUCUGCUCUUCCAAAUAUGUUUCAUCGAUAUUGUAUUUGGCACAUUGUGAGCAAAUUUUCUGAAAAAUUGGGUGCACUGUCAUAUAAGGAACAUUAUGAUGAGUUAAAGAAUUGUAUAUGGAAUUCUGAAAUACCUAGAGAGUUCGAUGCAAGAUGGGCAACUAUUGUAGGAAACUCUAAGUUGUCUACUAAUAAAUGGUUGCAGGACAUGUAUGAAAUUCGUGAUAGAUGGGUUCCCGCAUAUAUGAACCACAUAUUUUCUGCCCACAUGACUAGUAGUCAACGGGCUGAAAUUUCUCAUUCGUUUUUCAAGAGGUAUGUGUCCAAAAAAAAUUCAAUGAUGGAUUUUGUGAUGCGAUUCAAUAGGGCACUUGUCAAAAUCCGACAUAAUGAAUUGGAUUUCGACCAUAAAAAUGUAACUGAGAAGCCUCUCUUGAAAACCUCGUGGGCAAUAGAAAAGCAAAUGAGUGAAAUAUAUACACGAAGCAUAUUUGAGAGGUUUCAAGAGGAAAUCUUUCAAAUUAAUGCGUAUGUGGUUACGUUCAUACGCGAGAAUGAGCAUCGAUGUUUGUGGAAUGAUCAGAGAGAAGAAAUGGAAGGUGCGAGAAUUCGUGAGAUUUCGGUGGACAAGUCAUCGAACCAUGUCAGUUGUAGCUGUAAGAUGUUUGAAUUCGAUGGAAUUCCUUGUCGGCACCUGUUGGCGUACCUGUUUAGAAUACAAAUUAGGGAACUCUCUACUGAAUACAUCUUGCAAAGGUGGACGAAGACAGCAAAAACGGGUAGGGUGCUGGAUGACUUAGGUAGUGGUGUGAAAGAAAUAUGUAACAGUUCACUUAUUGUGAGGCGAUAAGGGCUCUUCUAACUUGCUUGUACAGUUAUCGAUGAUGCUGUAUUAGAUGAAGAAGAAAGUGAAGUUGUGCGAGAAGCUUUAGAAUCUAGUCAAAAGAAGAUUGCAUUGAUGAGGAGUUCUCGAAAAGAUGGUUCAACGAGUCAUAUCCAAUUGCCUUCAACGAGUCGUAUCGAAGUGCCUUCUUCUCUCGAAAGCCAACAUAGUUUGAAAGAACCACUUCAAGUUAGGGCAAAGGGUUGUGGUAAGCAUUUGAAAGGAGGAAAAGAGAAGGCCAUCAACAAGAGGAGGAAAUGUAAUGGUUGUGGGUUAAUGGGGCAAUCACAUGACAAAAGGAAUUGUCCAAAGCUUAUGAACAUGUAAGUGGAUGUUAAUUUGUACUAUGAACUUCAUUGUUUAUACACGGAAU